AGGGGAUUUCCCGUUUCCGAAAUACAAGUGAAAACAUGCAUUUUCAUUGUAAAUAUGAAGUUCAAACGAAGAAUUUCUAAUUGAAUCGGACAACAUUUUGGUUUUGAGCUUCUGAGCUACCAGGUUUAUUACUUCCACUCACAGCAAGUACCAUGAAUGCAAAUGAAAAUACAUCAGUUCCCAUAGUUUAUGUUGGCAAUGACGAUGUGGGGAAACAUAUCAAGGGAGUUGGGCCAAAAAAGAAAGCAGUAGCAAAAGGAAUUGCCCUGGUUGAAGCUAACCAGCUUGCACCUGCGUUUGGAAAGGGGGGGAAAGAAAAUCAGGAGAAUGUAAAAACUCCUGCACCAAAGUCAACAAGGAAAAAGAAAGUAAAACUCCACGACCCAACCAAACAUGCUGAUCCAGAACCUCAAGCACAACCCGUAAAUAAAGACAGCAUGAACUUGUAUUCAUUUAAAACUCCCAAAAAAUCCAAGCAAAUGAACAAAUUUGCUGAAGAGUCGGCAAGAAAAAGUCGAGCGGGGAAGUUGGGAGGGAAUACCACUGAGACAAAGAAGAAGCAAACCCCAAGAAAAAAAGGUGAUGGAAAAUUCUCUCUUCGUUUGAGACAAGAAGAAAAUGAAUCCUCAAGUGGCAAUGAUUGCAGUGAGGAUGAGAGUAAUACGGAUCACUCAGAAGAGGCAGAAGAAGAAGAUAGAUCUCAGUUAAAAGUACCUUCUGAAUCAACUGACGAAAGGAGACAAUCAACGACCAAUAGAACUUCACCAAGAUUAAAAUUACCGUCAGAAAGGGAAUUAUAUUUUGAUGCUCAUGGUGGGAAGAAGGGGAAAGCAAAAGUUACGUCAGACCACACUUUGCAAAAACUUAAGAAUCCAAGAAUGGACCCUGACCAACUUAACACUGCACUUCAAAAGCACAGUUCAAAAGAUGAAGCUUCUAAUGUAGAUGUUGCAAAAGCAAAAUUAUUUGAUGGUUACAAAUCAUGUUUCAGAGAAUGGAUGUUUUAUUUAUGUUCCAACUUUAACUUGCUGUUGUUUGGUUUGGGCUCGAAGAGACAAAUUAUUCAUUCCUUCUGUGACUCAAUGCUUAAAAACCAAAAUAAACUUAUCCUCAACGGAUUUUUUCCUGGUUUAACUAUUAAGUCUAUCCUUACAUCGAUAUGUGAAGAUAUCUUAGAUGAAACCACAGCAGCUCAUAGUCAAGAUGAAAUGUUGAACACUAUUACCAAACAUUACAACAGUGAUGAUGAAAAGUCUGAUCACUUGUUUCUUAUCAUACACAACAUUGAUGGUGCUCCACUACGUACAUCCAACUCACAAGGUGCUCUAUGCAAGUUGGCCGAUAUUAAAAGGAUUCAUAUUAUUGCUUCAAUUGACCAUAUCAAUGCACCUCUGGCAUGGGAUCAGUCGAAACUGACAAGAUUCAGAUGGUUGUGGCACGAUGUGACAACCUAUGCAUCGUACACAGCUGAAACUUCCUAUGAAGGUUCAUUGUUGCUUUCCAGUGCUGGGGCUGGUCUUGGUGCUCGUGGAGCAGCCCUUGCACUCAGUGGCCUCCUGCACGUUGCCAAGAGUUUGACAUCAAAUGCUCGAGGAGUUUUCAAGAUUCUCAUCGAACAUCAACUGGAAGAAAAGGAUGAGGAAGAAACCCAGGAAGCGUUCUCAUUUACGGACCUCUACCGAAUUUGCCGCGAAAGAUUUCUUGUGAACAGCGAGCUGACUUUGAAAGCUCAUCUUACAGAAUUUGUAGAUCAUAAGUUGGUUAAUAUUCACAAGGGUAGUGAUGGUGGGGAAUAUUUGUCGGUACCUUUGGAUCCAACCACCUUGAAAGAAUAUCUUGAAUAUGACUUUAAUCAGUAAAAGUUGAUAUUAUUACUGCCACUUCUCUAUAGGACACCAUAUUUUUUUAAUACAUCUGAAACUGUCAGGUUUUUUUAA